GAAGGGCGGCGGCGGGCUGGGCGUCUGCGCGGCGGGGAGACCCAUCGCCGGAACCCACGGGCUCCUCGAGUGCCCCCGCACCCGCCCGGCACCUUGGAGGCUUCGGGCUGUCAUGGUUUUGAACUCGCCUGCUUUCCAAGGCUUGAGGUCUUUCAGAAGAAGUGAAAGAGGAGCUACCAAUUGAGAUCUAUCAUGGCUGGCAAUCCAUCAAAGAGACCUACUUGGAGUGACUAUGCUUUUGAUUCAAAGCACAGAAAAAAUCCUGAAGAUUCCCAUGAGGCCCACAAGAAGAAAUCAAAAGAGAAGGAAAGGAGACUGGCAGACAGUCAGUGGGACAUGGAUGUACAACCCCUCGUUUCAUCUUCUAAAUGGCUUCAGCUUCACGGGCUCAAAAGAAACAAAUUGUCCCUGCCCCAGAUUUUGUCACAGAUUGGAUUCCAGCACAGGCAAGAUUAUGUGACCACCUUGGGGAAACGUGUGGCUUCUCGGUAUGCAGAUGGUCUGUUCCCUCAGUACAAGAGAGUGCAAGAUGGCAGCGUGUAUAAUCUGACAGCCAAAAAAGAACUGAUUCUUCAUUUUGUGGAUUGCCUAAUGGAAGCUAUUGAGCUAUAUCAGCAGCGAAUGGAAUGGUUAACCAGUGGGAGCCGGCAGAUAUUUGGAGUGAUUCAAGAACAGUGCAUUGUCAUUGUUAUGGAUUUUGGCACUGCAGCUCCAGCUGAAUUUGACCCAUGUCGGGAUGCACUUUCUAUGGUGCUUGAGGAACAGGUGGCCCAAAUUGCCAGAUUCAACCUCAUUUGGGCUGCUCAGGAUCUGAUGAAGUGGCAACAGAAAUCUACUCCUGUGUCUGAGCAUACUGUAAAGUCUGCAGUUACAUGGCUCUGGAAGCUGGACCCUGUGACAGCUGCCAGCCCUAGCAGCUCUGCUGAAGCCCUGCUGGAAGCCAGGAGUGAUGAGGCGGUUGAAGCUGUUUAUUACUUUGCUGUGGGUGAUAUUUCAGUGGACACAAAGCAGCUACUCCUUGAGAAAGUUUCUCAUGGCCCAUGUCCAGUCAACACCAUAUCUUUCAAUGCUAGGGAAGCUGAAACUAUUUGUUUUCUGAAGGAGUUGAGCUGCUUGGCCUCUGGCAGAUUCCAUGCUUUUGCUGAGAAGAAUGAUUAUAGAGAUGCUCCUGGACCUGCACUAAAAUAUGAAGAGGAUGGAAAAGGUCUAAUUGCCCUGAAUUCCAGAAGAGUGAAAGGGCGAACACCACUAGUAGCUGGUGUCCGUGAAGACGUCUUUCUGGUCUGGAAGGAGUUGGAGGAAGCCAAGAGUACAGUGACACAAAUUCAGAAGAUUUUAUCAGAAUCUGACCAGCCUGCUUCUCAAGAUGCAACCAGUGCUGAUCAUCCAUUGCAAAAGCACACAUCUGACAAAUACUUGUCUUCUGAGAAGUGGUUGCAGAAGUAUGGCUUGAAAGCUCAGAAGCUCACACUUUACAAUGCGCUUGCUGAUUGUACUUUUCACCAUGCGGAUGGAAUUGUUGAUAUAAAAACUAAACCAGAGGAUGAAUCUUCACAAACUGAUGCUGAGACAGAGAGGAAGGUAAUUAAUGCAAAAUACUGUGACAAGUUUGUACAGACCUUCUGGAAAGAUGGAUCUGUAGUUCAUAUAUAUGUUAGUACAGAAAAGUAUAAGCAGUACAAAGAGAAAAUGAGGACGGCUCUCAGAAAAGUGGAAGAAAGGAUUAAGUGGCUUCAACGAGGAAGCAGAGGGCUCUUUGGCAAUGUGUGUGAAGAUAAUGUCUAUGUUCUUAUUGAUACAUCUGAGUCUAUGAAGGACAAACUGCCACUGGUGAAGGAGAAAAUAUUUCAGUUCAUACAGGAACAACUGAGACACAAAAAGAGAUUUAACUUCAUGAAAUUUAGUGCCCAAGCAGUGACUUGGCAAGAGAAACUUGCUGAAGUUAAUGAGGAAAAUUUGCAAGAUGCUUGGCUUUGGAUAAAAGAACUUGAGGCUGGAAGUUCCACAAAUACAUUUCAAGCUCUCCAAAUUGCUCUUGCUGAUACUGCCACUCAGGCUAUUUACCUCUUGACUGAUGGGAGACCUGACCAGCCUCCCCAAACAAUUUUGGCCCAGGUCCAGCUCCAUUGUAAAAUUCCGAUCCAUACUGUGUCCUUGAACUGUGAUGACAGAGAAGCCAAUAAAUUUUUGUAUGAACUCUCUACUGAAACAGGGGGAAGGUUUUGUUAUUACAACAUUUAUUUGACUGAUCCUGAGGCAGAGUUUAUUAUUAGUGAAGACAUAGAUAUUUUGAAAAGAGAGGUUGAACAAGGAGAAAAAGACCUAGAGAAAAUGAAGAACAUUCAUACUGAAUGUCUGAUGAUGGAUUGUUGUAAGGGAGAAAAUGACCCAGAGAAUAACAGUAAUGGCAGACAGACACAUGCUGUGUCUUCUGUAACUGAGCACGAUGAAGAGCUGAAUACUCCUCUUAGCAGUAGGCCAGGCUGUUCUUCAGAAGAUCCAGCACUGACACCAUGUCAGCAAAUCUGUCAAACCAGUGCUGACAGCCCAGUCCGAAGGAAGAAAGCAUUAUAUGCAGGGCAAACAAAGACAAGUCUGCUGCGAAUCCUGAGCCACAGUGUGAAAUCUAGGGAUAAAAGCCCAGAGGAAGGAAUAUCUGUGGAAAAAAAGAGUUUUUCUGUCAAAAAGAACAUGAAAUGUGAAACCAUUUUCAAAGGCAACUUAUUUAUAUGUACCUUUGUGUGCACAAAAACUGAGAUAAUGAAAUGCAAAUGUUUUUUCUUAGAUCUGAAAAUGCAGAAAGCUGUGAAGAGGACAUCUAAAAGUUCUCUAGGUACAUCUUCAGCUCUCUGGUUAAAGACUCAUGGAUUGGUUGCUAGGAGACUCACUUUCUUGGAUGCCUUAGCUCCUGUCCCUCAUAGUACCAAAUACAUCAAAGUUCUGGACAAGCAUGUGUUUUCUAAAGAAUCUGAUGAGAUGUUACUAUUGGCCCAUAUAAGCAACAACAAGAAGGAGAUCACACUAAUUACUCCUCAGGCAGUGAAUCUUGAUACCUAUAAGGAGAAGCUGGAACAAGCAAUUAAAUCAUAUGAAAGGCGCCUAAACCUAAUUAUUUGGAGAGCACUGCCUCAGGAGGAAAAAGACAAAUUUAAAGAGGAUGGGCCAGUUCAAUAUAUGCAGCAUAAAGAAGCUUUGCUGGAGUCGUUAGAGAAUUUGGGAUGGCCAAUUUCCUGUGAAGAUGUAGUAUUGUUAGAAGAUGAGAUACUGGCAGCAUUAACAUAUAUACAACAAGCCUCUGAUCUUCAGGAAGCUGUCAAAAAGGAAACUGAGAAAAGCCCAGAAUCACAGAUAAGCAACAAUAAAAAGAAACUUCAAGAGGAAACGGUGAAGUUGAAGUCUAAAAAAAGUCAAAAAGGCCCAGUAUUGGUGACUCACAGAAGCCAAAAGGUGAUUGCAAGAUCAGAUGUCACAGGAUUUUAUUAUCCAGGAACCGUGAUAAAGAAUAUCAGUUCUACCUGUGCACUUGUUGACUUCAACAAUGGGGAGACCUGUGUUGUACCUGUGAAGUUCACUCUACCUGUGGGAGGUUCUAUCCCAUGCCCAUCUCUGCAGGUGGGAGACUAUGUGUUUGCAAGAACUGGGACACAGACAGGAGAUGAAUAUUAUGCACCUGCCAUUGUCAUAGCAACACCAAAGAGGCUGAAAAUGGAUGAUAAACUCUACACAGUUCUGAUGUUCAACAGCAGGAAAGAGCACUGUGUAAGAAGUGAGCUAAUUAAAAUCAGUCAAAUGAAGUAUGCCUUUUCCUGUCAGUACAUAAGGGUGGUGCAGACGGUGGAAUAUGUGAGGCCAGAUCACCUACGUGAUGGUAUCCUCUUUUCACUGAAAAGUAAACCAGAAGACUUUGGUUUCCUGGUUAAUGCAUACAACCAGUUGAAAAGAAGCAGAGAUACCACAAAGCCCUAUCCUCACUCAUCUGUGGAAGAUGAAGGAAGGGGAGACACAAAGAAAAAUACUGUGAAAGAAGAUAAGGGAAAAAAGAAAAAGAAGAGCAGAGCAGAAGACAAAAGGCAUCCCAGGGGGAGGUUGUUGAAUGCUGAUGAUCUUUUGUUUGUCUCCAGAAGGGAAGUAAAACAGAAAGGAAAAAAUUCACUGCUUAGCAAUGAAGAAGAAUUUCAAGCAUCUUCAUUCUCCAUUUCAUCCUUCUGGUGUUCGUCAAGGCAUCAAACUCUGCAGUCACCACGCUCUUCAACUCCCAGCUCAUCAAAGGAUCCCUGUUGCUUAUACAGUCCUGGUGUAGAAAAGUCACCAGAGCCUCGUAAAAGCAACAUCAUCAGAAUUACUAGAGUCAACAUGGAGCAGCAAGGAUUGGCAAGGCGGCCUCAGCACCACUGUGCAGAGCAAAGGAAGUCACGUUAAGUGUGCAUGAUGAAGGGGCUUGGGAGGAACGAAUGAGGCUGCAGAUAAGAAAGAUUUUUAGCACCUGUAACUGUGAAAUAGUAUGCCUUGAAUAGAAAAUAAACUGACUUGUUAAUGCUAAAUUAUUUAUGAUUUUGCAGACUUACUUUGGGAGUAUG